CGUGAACUGUACGGCACAUAAAAAUAGUUUGGUUUAGAUUUAUAUUCGUAUAACUUAUUGAAUUAUCAUAAUAGAAACAAUUAAUAUUGUUAUGUUAUUUUAGUUUUAUUAUUAUGCUACUGUUAUGAUUAAACUAAUGUUCAGUUUAAUUUUUUAAUUCUUUGCUUUUUCAAUCCUGAUUGAACUAGAAAUCAACAGUUACCGUUUUCAUCUUCUCUGAGCAGAAUGGUGAUACUAAACUACGAUCAAUACAAUAAAAUUCAACAGUUCAUUCAUAAAUUUCGUGGAUUGUCCAUUGAUUGUAAUCGGAAAUUGGUGAAAGAAUUUCCUCAGCAUAGUCCCGAUAUGCUUGGAAGUAUUCUCGCUCGAGAAGUGCGCCAACGUUUGAAACAAUCACAUGCAAAAAUAAGUGCCCGUGCGGAUGGUUUACUAUCAGACUAUAAUAAGAAUGCAAAAACGACGGGAGCCUUGGAUGUUUUAUUAAAGAUGGCUAUUUCAUUGCGAAUACCUCCUUUGUCGUUGUGUCGUAUAAUUUUACUCAAAAAGUAUCCAGACAAGGCUAAAUCGGAUAUAUCCGAAAUGAUUCGUAACCCGGAUCUCAUCCAGGACUCGUUACUUGGAGCCAAUGUGGGGUAUUGUAUAUAUAGCGAAAAUAUGGAAGGUCCGAUAACGGAUACAAUCCGGAGAUGUAUUGGCGAAGAGUAUGAGGUCAAAUUGAAACAAAUGGCUCGAGACGUCGGAUUGGUGUUCCACGAUGAAGGUGAUCUCAGACGGACCGGUUACGAUAAAACACCGGAUCUCAAACUGGCCAUACCAUGUCUGUACAAAGGCCGAGUGGUGAACUGGAUCGAAAGCAAGGCUUCAUUCGGUGAUAUGGACACACAUUUGGGUUACGUAAAAGAUCAACUCAUAAGCUAUGGAAAUAGAUUCGGUAGCGGAAUUGUUAUCUACUGGUUUGGUUUUUUGGAUAUGAUAGCGGACUGUGCCGAAAACGGGGAUUACAUUAUAGUGGUCGAUAAGUUUCCGGCACUCGACGAGUUCGAGUUUCUAACGUUCAACAUUCCAGAAGUGUGUCGAAAGGAAAUAGAUAAACUAAAUAGGUAGUCUUUUACUCAAGUUUCUUUAUCUAAUUUAGUUAUUGUAUGUACACGAGUUUACAUUAAGAAUAAAGCAAUGUAAGAGAUAAUUUAUUUUUCGAGAUGAAUAUAUUCUAAGCACAAAAAGGUGAUAUUUUUGUAGUUUCUAGGCCUAUUUGUUUCGAUUAGAAGCACAAUAAGAAUCAAAAGGUCAUUUGGGGUUGGGUUUAUAAUUAAAUCAUACUUGGUUUUAGAAAUAUAGUGGAACGUGAUUUGUUCAUGACGCCUUAGUAAUUCAUACUGAA